CUUAAAGACGCUUCUAUGGACAGUGGAAAAAAUAGUGAUUGAUCAAGACUUUUCACAAGAUUGAUUUGGGAAACUUAGCGCACAGAAGAGUGUGCUUCCAUAGGCUCCAAUGGAAGUCUUGAUUUCAUGCCGUGAGACACGGCUGAGAACCUAGUGCAGCUAAGUGGAACCCUGUUACCUAUAAGUUGACUUAUAUAAAUUAAAGUGACGGCUGCUGUUUUGGAAUCAGCCAGCAUUCUGCAUUUCCAUGUCCAAGUGAUAUUUUGACUAUAAUGGAUAUGGAAAUUUCGAAUCUGUCUCAUUACUCCUCGAAUGUUACUAUGGAGGAUUUAUUAAACGAAUAUAGCCAUGAUGGUCAAGCUUCAUAUAACUAUAUUUUUCACUUGUCUAAAAUAAUAUCUAUGACUUGUUUCAGCAUUACAUUCAUCUUAGGAAUUGUGGGGAACGGUUUGGUGAUUUGGAUCGCUGGUUUCAAGAUGAAGAAGAAUGUUAAUACAAUAUGGUUUCUCAAUCUUGGUGCAGCUAAUUUUAUAUUUGAUGCCUUUCUUCCAUUUUCUAUAGUUGAAGUGUCAUUGGAUUACCACUGGCCGUUUGGUCAGAUAAUGUGCAAACUAAUGUCUACUGUUAUUUCCUUAAACAUGUCAGUCAGUACCUCUUUCUUAAUGAUCAUCAGUGUGGAUCGAUGUACAUCUGUUCUGUGUCCAGUAUGGUCAAAAAAUAAUAGGACUUCCAGGCUAGCUUAUAUCAUUUCAAUAGCUAUUUGGCUGAUGUGCCUUGUCUUCAGUUCUCCAUAUGUUGUAUUUUAUAAUGCAGAAGAUGGUUACGGAGACAAUGUAUCUUACUGUUAUGAAACAUAUGCAGUCUGGGAAAACAUGACACAUAUUGAUUACACAACAUUGAGAUUAAGAUAUAAUGCAAUGUUCAUUACCAGAUUUGUAUCAAUGUUUUUAAUCCCAUUCGCCAUUAUCAUGGUUUGUUACAGUCUAAUUGCAUUUAAGGUCAGAAAAAUGAGAAAUCUUUCAGGGUCUGGUCGAAUCUUUAAGCUUAUCAUUUCUAUUGUACUUAGUUUUUUUUUCUGCUGGUUUCCAUACUAUUUUUGGCUUUUACUGGAUGUUUUGGAAUCGUAUGUAAUUUAUUGGAAGGUAUUUAUAAUAAUGCAAAGUAUUUCAAUAUGCCUGGCAUAUUUCAGUAGCUGCCUAAAUCCAUUGCUGUAUGUUUUCAUUGGUCGAGAUUUCAAGAUGAGCUUAAUGAAGUCUAUUCCAUUUCUUCUAGAGAGCACAUUCAAAGAGAAAUAUGAUAUUGAUUCUGAUAAUCUGUAUGAUCAGUCCAUGGUUCAUACUAAACUUUAGCCUACCAAUUAUUAAUCAAAAUAGAAAAAUGAAUAAAUGAAUGAAUGAAUGAAUGAAUGAAUGAAUGAAUAUAUACAUACAAUGACUGACUCUGUAACAUAUACAUAGAUUGGGUUGUGGCCAUAUAGAUGCAUUUAUUUAAACAUGUCAUAUUGGAAUUAAGUUAUUUCCUCUAAGCAACAUGUAUUUUAGCAGCAAGCAGUAUGCCUUUUUUGCCUAAUCCUUCUGUUAAAUUGCUUUUUCUUCUUAUUUAAUUUAAAUUUAUGUUUAAAUAUAAUGUGUUAAAUAAAUACCAAUAUAACAAAUACACUAAACAAAAUAAAUUUUAAAUGGUAUAUUAUAGGAAAGGAUAAUUUAUCAUUGCAUGAGUGAGA